UAAGUGGUUGCGCCUGGAAAAUAAGGAAGUGAAGAAGUAAAAACUCCAGCAAUAUGUCUGCACAGUUCUUGUCUGUUAUUUUGUAUGUGAACUAACGUAAAUGCUACUUUAGUCGCCAUUAUUUUAACAUCCGUAUCGGAGUGACCAGCCAACGAUGUCAAGCAGGGCUUUGCGAAGGCUGAAAGGAAAACCGCGGGGUCAGGAGGCGGUUGCCAUCGGGGAGCUAACUUUGACAGGUAGCCCCGAUGUGGCUGAGAGCGAGGGAGAAGAGUUGGACACGUCCAGUGUCAGUCCACCGUCACACAGCAAUGGCAAUAACCGAAAGUCAAAGAAAAACAAAGACCGUAAAAACAUGUGUGCCAUUUUUGAAAUGAUAAGUGAUCCAGAAAAAAACUCUGCAGAUGAAGACACAGAAAAACUUGAUGGAAAUAAAUCACUCGAAACAGAAAACAGUGACAGCAAAGAGAACAGCGGUCAAAGGCCAAAUGAGCCUGUGUCUUCUGUUAAGAAAAAGAAGAAGAAAAAGAAAGCGAAAGUUAAGGCGGACAAUGUUCAGGAAGCACCGGCACCAGAUGACAAUAUUGAUUCACUGCUGGAAAACCUGGAGCAGUCCAAUGGUUUGACAUUACAAAAUGAUUGUGGAACAUCCGACAGAAGACCUGUCUUAUAUGUGGAGCACAGGAAUUUGAAUCCAGAGACAGAACUGAAGAGAUAUUUUGGGAGUCGAGCUGUUUUAGGAGAUCAGAGACCUCGACAGCGGAAUAGACAGUUUCAUCGCAGCACAUGGAUGACCAGCCCCAAAGACAGUUGGCCUCGCUUCAGCCGGCCAGGAAUCUCAAUGACCUUACUCGAGUCAAAAGAUGGCAUCCAAUACUUCACUUUUGAGCAUGGUCGCGACUACCAGCAAGUACAGUUCAAGUUCUUUGAUGCUGUUGAGUCCAUGGAUCCAAACAACAUUGUGGCUCUGCUGCAGCUGAACCCCUACCACACUGAUUCUUUACUGCAACUCUCUGAUGUAUGUCGCAUACAGGAGGAUCAGGAGAUGGCAAGGGACCUCAUUGAGAGGGCCUUGUACAGCUUUGAGUGUGCGUUUCACCCUGUAUUCAGUCUGACCUCUGGUAACUGCAGACUGGAUUAUCGCAGACCAGAAAACAGGGCAUUUUAUCUGGCUCUGUACAAGCACAUGAUGUUCCUUGAGAAGAGAGGAUGCCCCCGGACAGCUUUAGAGUACUGCAAACUGAUUCUGAGUUUGGACCCGGACUCGGACCCGCUUUGCAUGCUGCUGCUUGUUGAUUUUCUGAUGCUGCGUUCCAGACAAUACCAGUCUCUCCUCCAGCUUCAUGAGGACUGGGAGGAGCACAGAAAUCUAUCCCAGCUACCAAACUUUGCUUUCUCCACUGCACUCUGCCACUUCCAACUCAGUCAGCAGGAAGAUAUAGAGCCUGAAGAAAGUGAUAAAGCAAAACACAAAGCUGAUCGGAUGCUACAGGAUGCGCUAAUCAUGUUCCCUGGAGUUUUGAUGCCUUUACUGGAUCUGUGUACUGUGCAGCCUGAUGCCACGGUCACUUCACAUGCUUUCUUUGGCCCUAGCAGUCAGUUUGGACAGCCACCAGCCUUGGCUGAACUGACUGCUUUAUAUGUGGGGAGGAUGUACAGCCUGUGGAGGGAAGCAGCAGUUAUGCUUUGGCUGGAAGAGAGUGUGAAAGAGGUCCUAUGUCGAAUUGACGCAAAAGACUCACUGGUGGAAGACUGCCAAAACAAGCGAAAACAGAGGUAUCAGAGUGCUCCACGGAACAUUCAUCGUCAUGUUCUGCUGUCUGAGAUCAAAGAGGCUACAUCCAGUCUGCCUCUGGAGGUGACCACUCAGCCCAUGAUGGGAUUCGACCCCCUUCCCCCAUUGGACUCUGUGGUGUCAUACACAAGGCCGGAGAGGCAGCAUGUUGGAGCAUCCAAUGAGAGCACAUUGUCACUGUUUUUCCGUUCCUUGCUGCCAAACUUCAACCUUCAGGCUGGCCUGAGGCAGGAGGAUGACUUGGAGGUGGCACGAGCUGGACAGGAGCUAAACCAGGAAGUGAAUCGCCUCAUGGUGGCAAUGAGGGACAUGCUGGCAAACAUCAGGUUUCAAGAGCCACCCAGAGAGGACCAGUUCAGAGAUGAGGAGGAAUGGGACUGAGUGGGUUUUGAUGUACCUCCAUGACUACAUUCAUUGGCUUCAAAAUAACAUCUAUGAAAAAGAAAGUGUAUAUGUAGACUAUGUAAGGGAUUUGAAUUAAAAUGACCACAAACUAAACACUAA